AUCACCCAAAACUCCUUUGUACAUACUGUGAGAAGACUAAUCACGAACAAGGAAAGUGUUUGGGCUCUAUUAAAUCUGUAGCAUACGUAUCUGCAGCAGAAGCCACUAUGGAUGAAUCAUUGGCAGAAAAUCAGAAUGAAAACUUAAUAGUCCCUGAGACAGAAGUUAAUGCUAUUAAUCCUGUUUUAAAUGAUUUAGAGCAAGAUAAUCAACUCAAUGUAUUUACAGAGAGCCCAACAAUUGAGAUGUUAUCAGGUCUAGAGCAACCUGGACAAGAUAAUCAACUCAAUGUAUUUCCUGAUAGCUCAACAAUUGGCAAUGCCUAUUCUGCUGAUUUGGAUCUGGCUAUUGAGAAUGGUCACACAAUUAAGGUUAUGUGGAGCACAUUAUGCAUUUCUGGUCCAUCUGGCAGUGGAAAAUCCUCACUCAUUGAAUUACUGCUUGGUAAAGAGCCUUUACUUACACACACCAGCACUUCCGUAUUGGGAGCUAUAGAAUCACGUGGUUUUACGCUUCUUUUAAUAACUGAUGACAUCAACUGCACAUGGGAAGAAAUUCAGGAUAUUAAAGGAUUGCUUUGUGAGGCACUUAGAAGUGGUGCAAUAACUCCUCUCCCAAAUGGAGAGGAUAGAUUUGACUUUUCUUUUGAAGCUUUGCCACAUUCAUUUUCCUAUGCUUGUUAUAAUGAAGUAUUGAGUAAAGCAAUCACUUCCCCUGUCAGCCCAAUAGUUGAGGAUAUGAGGUGUUUGUUGCAAAAACAAAGUGUCAGUCAUUUUGUCAAUGCUCCUCCUACUUAUCAUUUUGUCUCUAUAAUUGAUACUGGAGGACACGAAGCUUUCUUUGAUAUUAUUCCUGCUCUUCACUGUUAUGGUUCAGCCAACAUUGUCAUUCACAAACUUGAUGAGAAGUUAAGCUCAAAAGUAUUCAGUUUUUAUUGUCUUGAAGAUGAAAUAAUUGGAGAAAUUGAAGAGAGACAACUGACUAACCAGCAAUACCUAGUUUCAUCCAUCCGUUCUUCGACAUCUAUCAACCCACCCCAAAUAAGUGGGUUCAAGACUCAACUCCACAAGUUUCAGUCUCAAAUAAUUGUUGGCACAUUUUCUGCUGAAAUUAAUCAAAUUGAAUCUUUGAUAGCCAAAAAUAGUAUAUUAAGAGCAAAUACAAUCAAUUGUGAACACCAUAUAUCUCUUAAUGGUAAAAAUCUCCUUUUUCCAAUAAAUGCAACAGCAAGAGAUGAUUAUCACUCACAAAUUGCUACUGAAAUUCGAAAACACGUUUGUGACUCAUACAUAGAAGCAGACGUUCCUUUAAAGUGGUUUUUAUUUCUGUUACAUUUGCAAGAGCUUUGUAUUGGUCUGUGCAUAGCAAGAAAAGCAGAUUGCAUUGAAAUUGGGUCAUUAUUACAAAUGACUGAGAAUGAAGUUGAAGCAGCUCUGUUGUACUUUCGUGACGUCAAAAUGAUCCUUUACUGGCCUUAUGCUCUUCCUCAGAUUGUAUUUCUACAGCCACAGUAUCUUUACGACAAGAUUACACAGUUAGUACUAGCAUCUUUCCUUAAUAGUCACAAACACUUCGAAAACAAAGGAAUCAAGCUACAUUUAGACAUACUUGCUGAGUAUCAAGACAAAGGAAUUUUCUCACUUGAACUUUUGCAUAGCAUUUGUGAGCCAUUUAAUAAUGAAGACUUUACAGCAAUGGAACUUCUUCAGUUGCUUAAAAAUCUUGUUAUUAUAGUAGAAAUACCUCAUCUCGAUGGUGAUGACAUGCAUUUUUUCCCAAGUAUCCUCCCAAUAUUGUCUACUGACAGUGAUGAGUUUGAAACUCUUCAAAAGGAGUAUACAGAAGAACUUGAACCUCUUAUUCUCUCAUGGCCUACUCGUAUAAACCCUCAAGGUCUCUUCCCUGCUCUUAUUGUUAAGCUUCUCAAUGACUCUCAACCUCACCUAUUUAAUUUAAAGCCGGAAUGUCGGCAAUAUCGUAAUGCAAUACAACUUGAAUGUGUUGCCUAUCGUGGAUCAGUACUACUGGUUGACACUGUGUAUAAUGUAGAAGUUUUCUAUGACAGUGGACGACGAAGCAAGUUUGACAAGUGGAUAAGUUCUCAUGUCAGAGAGUCUAUCUUUGACGAAGUCAGAAGCAUAGUUAGCCAGUUUCAUUAUGAUGAUAGACUUGCUAAUCCUGUGAAAAAAUUUGUAUGUUUAAAACACAAUGAAUAUACCAAGCAUUAUUGCAUAAUAACAAAGAACAACAGACUUUCAUGUGAGCGGGAUAAGUCAGUAAUGGAAAUUUCCCAAUUUAAUCAAAAUCCUUGGCUACAGAAAAUAAACUUGGAUAUUACUGAUUUAAAUUACCCUCUUCACCUCCUGAAAGAAUUUACUAUACAUUGGAAUCGUCUUGGGCUUGCAUUAGGAUUAACACAACAAACACUAGAUAUUAUUGACCAUGACCACCCAAGCCGCUCUGAGGAGUGUUUUAGAAUAUGUUUGCAGAAAUGGCUAGAAAAAUCUGAUAAUGUUCACAUUGUUACGUGGGUUUCACUAGCUGAUGCACUUUUUCCAUUUAAUGAUAACACAAAUUGGGUUAAUCAACUUUAGUAACAUUGUAAAAUAUUAUGACAGUUGUUAAGUUUGGUAUUCAUACUUUACCAUACCUGCACAUUAUUAUUAUUAUU